GAAUAAUUUAACAUGUUAUAUUAUUGUGUCCUAGUAAAUGUAAUACAGGAAAAUGUUCAUGUUUGAAAGCCGAUGAUGCCUGUGACUGAAUCCCACCCUCUGCUCCAUCUAUAUAAGAUCUCCGCUUCUCCGCCUCAAGUCAGAUUUGGAUUUUUCCCAUCUGAUACUUAAACAGCUUAAAGCCUUGCGGACAUCCAGCGGUCACUGCUGCAGCGAGAGGAGGGGAGAAAACCUGGCAGAAGAUGACUGACAAUCUUGCCUUUGAGCAUGAUCAAAUCACUGAAGAGACGGGCAGAAAUGGGAUGUCUUUGUCAAAGAUAAUUGCCAUGGGGCCCGUGAAAAAGCAACAUGGAGCCACUGUCAGCUUCCAUAGCAUCUGUUAUAGAGUAGAUCAGAAGAGCGGACCCAUCUGCAAGAGGACAACCGUCCAGAAAGAGAUUCUGGUAGACCUCAAUGGGAUCAUGAGACCUGGUUUAAAUGCUAUUUUGGGUCCUACGGGAAGUGGCAAAUCUUCGUUUUUGGAUGUACUUGCAGCCAGGAAGGAUCCUGCUGGUCUUUCUGGAGAAGUUCUCAUCAAUGGAGCCCCUCAGCCACCUAAUUUCAAAUGCCUUUCUGGUUAUGUUGUCCAGGAUGACAUUGUGAUGGGCACUCUAACGGUGAGAGAGAACCUCUGUUUCUCGGCUGCACUUCGUUUGUCUUCCCGAGUUAGUCCAAGGGAGAAGGAGGCGAGAGUUAACCACCUCAUGUCAGAGCUGGGCCUCAACAAAGUAGCAGAUGCAAAGGUGGGCACGCAGCUUAUCCGAGGGAUCUCCGGUGGGGAAAGGAAGAGGACCAGCAUUGGGAUGGAGCUGAUCAUAGACCCCUCUGUGCUGUUUCUGGACGAGCCCACCACCGGGUUGGAUGCUAGUACAGCUCAUUCUGUGCUUCUGCUGCUGAAGAGAAUGGCCGGUCAGGGCCGCACCAUCAUCAUGUCCAUUCAUCAGCCGAGGUACGCCAUCUACCGGCUUUUCGACAGCCUCACCCUGCUGGCCAGCGGCAAACAAGUCUAUCACGGACCCGCUCAAGAUGCUCUAGACUACUUCACCAACAUUGGAUAUGCGUGUGAAGCUCAUAAUAACCCAGCUGAUUUCUUCUUGGACGUCAUUAAUGGGAGCUCCGCAGCGGUCAACGUGACAAAGAUUCAUAAUAAUGGAGAUUUUGGGUUUGAAGUGGCUGCCGUCAGCCAGCAGUGUAUUGAGGAUCAGCUGGUGGACAAGUACAGAAACUGCAGUUACGCACGGGUCAUCAAAGCUGAGCUGGAACGCAUCACCCGGGCCAAAGACAGCAAUAUCAGAGCCGAAUGUCACACCAUCACCUACAACAGCUCUUUCUUCCAGCAGCUCCACUGGGUGUUGUGGAGAACCUUCUGGAAUCUGAUGCUGAACCCGCAGACUUCAGUAGCGCAGUUGGCAGUCACGACCCUCAUGGCUGCUAUUGUUGGUGCCAUCUUCUACGGAGUCAAAGAUGACCAGAGUGGCAUACAGAACAGGUUCGGUGUUUUGUUCUUCAUCACGACGAAUCAGUGUUUCAGCACACUCUCCGCAGCCGAGCUCUUCAUCGCGGAGCGCAAACUGUUUAUUCAUGAAUACACAAGUGGAUACUACAGAGUGUCCGUCUACUUCCUGUCUAAGAUCCUGUCUGACAUCAUCACUCAGCGCACAAUCCCUACCGUACUCUUCACUUGUGUUAUUUACUUCAUGAUCGGGCUGAAACCCACAGUGUCAGCGUUCUUCAUCUUCAUGCUGACAGUGAUUCUAGUGGCUUGUACAGCGGCGGCCAUGGCCAUGGCCAUCUCAGCCGACCAAUCAGUGGUGGCGGUGGCCAACAUCUUCAUGACCAUUAGCUUCAUCUUCAUGAUGAUCUUCUCUGGUCUGCUGGUUAACCUGAAGAGCAUCAUGGACUGGCUGUCCUGGUUGAAGUAUCUCAGCAUCCCUCGCUAUGGGCUUGAGGCAUUGGAGAUAAAUGAGUUCUUGGGGCUGAAUUUUUGUGGGAAUGUCUCUGCUGUGAUGAGCGGCCCUGCAACCGACAUCAUCAUCUGCACAGGAGAACAGCACCUGACGUUCCAGGGAAUCGAUUACUCAUCCUGGGGUUUAUGGCAGAACCACGUCGCACUUACAGUCAUGACUUCGAUCUUUCUCUUCAUCGCUUACAUCAAGCUCAGAUUCAUUCAUAAGUUCUCAUAAAUGUUCCGAUUUGUGUUAAAUGUCAGCUUUAUCAUAUAGUAUAAUUGUAUCCCUCUUGGUAACGCUUCCUUUUACAGUACAGUACUUACA